UACUUUCUUCUCGCUGUAUUUGAUAACUUAUCUGUCAAAUAUCCAUACAUAACCUUACAUUCGUAGUUUUUCUCAUAUCUUUAUAUAUUUUGCAUAUAAAUAAUCACUAAAUCUAAUAUUUUUAACUACAUUUAGAAAAACAUAACAGGUACUAUUAAAUCGUCGAAUUAUCUAACUUCUGGUGUAAGCAAAAUGUCAGAAGAUGCAGAGCAGCAGGCAGAGGAAAUUGAAGUUCUGAAGUCUAUAUACGAAGGAGACGAGAAUUUUAAACAAGUUGAUGCCACAACCUAUCAAUACAAGUAUAUUGAAGGAGACAAAUCUUUUGUAUUGGAAAUUAAAUGGGGACCCACAUAUCCAACAGAAAAACCUAAAUGCAAUUUAGAAAUAUUCUACAAUCAACAUUUAUUACCUUCGGUUAAAGAAAAAAUUCUGACAAUAGUGGAUGCGGAGGCAGAGCAGUGGGUGGGAUGUGCAAUGACAUACACAUUAUUUGAGUGUUUAAAAGAGAAAGUUGCGGAGAUCCUGUCCGAGCAGACCGAGGAGGCUGUGGUGGCCAGAGUGGAGAAGAUAGCUAUAGAUGAUCAGACUGAAUCAAAGAAACCAGAGAAAAAGGAGCAAUUAACAAAAGCGCAGAAGCGUCGAGCGUGGGACCGCGCGGAGAUAGGGCGCGCCGGGGAGAAGCCACGCGGCUGGGACUGGGUCGACAUCGUCAAACAUCUCUCACAAGCCCCGCAUCAGCCUUCCUCAUGACCUCUGCUUUUGUAGAACGCAUGUUCUCACUAUUCAAAUGCUAAAUUCUAGGGAUAUUCUACUCAGCUGUCAAGGUGACAUUUUAAUUUUUUUUUGAAAGUGUUGCCAAUUGAAAAAAUUAUGAAUUGUGGAUUACUUCCUGAGUUAUUUCAAAUGCGUACCUUUAUAUUGUUCUGAUGAAUCAAGGUCAACAAUGUUGAAAAUUGUGGUUUUAAUAUAGUGAAUUGUAUGUUUCUAUAAAAGUUGUAAGACUUUAGUUAAAAGUUGUGAAAUAUUUAAUUUAGAUUUGAAAUUAAUUAUUUUUCUUUGACAAGAAUUAUUUUAUAAUUAAAUUGUAACAAUAAGAGUCUCCGGCACUAAAGUAUUUGUUUCAAUGCUACCACCUUUAUUAUAUUUAUAGAAGUAAAAUUUCAUAAAAUUUAAUAUCGGCAUUUUUUAAAUUUAUAAUGUACCGAUCUCAUUUAGAUUGUUUUAAAAUUUAUUUACAAGAAAAUCAAUAGGUACAUAGUUCUUUGUUUCUUUUUAAUAAUAUAUAAAAUGUGCAUUAAUAGUGUCAGAUAUUGUUCUAAAAAAUUACGGAAAAGUGAUUCAUAAGUACCAAAUUAGGUUAUGUUUUAUACAAGAUAACAAACAAACCGUUGGAUAGUUUAUUGUUGUACUGCUGCUUGCUUUUAUUUUAUCUAUAUUUCUGCUUUGUAUUGUAAUGUGAAUAAAUGCGUUUUUACAAUUGUCUAACAAAGGAAUAGAAUUUGGUAAUCAAAUGAUGGUAUUAUUGGCAUAGUUAUAUUUGCUAAUAUAUAAAGACUUGUUUUA